AUGGCUUCCAGAGUUGCUCUAGCGCUCUUCGCGACCUCACUUCUCCUCACCUCAGCAGCUGCUGCUCAGUUCGCUCCCCGGCCGUCGCCUGACUCAUUGCCCACAACGACGCCCAAACCGACGCUCAGCACCUUCUCACCGCCGGCGACAACGUUUCGCGCGGAGCUGAAGCAAGUGGCGGGCAUCCUCGCGGCCCAGCCAGGCUACAGCCUUCCGGCCAAAUCUUCCCCAGGCAACUUCCCGAACGACAAGCUGAAGCUCGUCGAAAACACCACCGUUCUCGUCCCCACCGAUGCCGCCCUUGCGAAACUCGGCCUUCGCGCGCUCUUCAACCCCGCUAUGGUUACCAAAUUCGCCCGGUACAACAUCAUUCGCGGGCGCUUCUCCUUCAGCCAAAUGAAGAACCUCCCCCGGGGCACCCAGCUUCGCUCCCUUUACAAGAACCGCCCGGUAGAGCGCAAGGCCGUGAGUCCCGCCGCGAAGGACUGGGUGAUCAAGAAUAAGGACCUUCUCGAGACCAACUUCUUCCAGAAGGUCGGGACGCAAGCCGCAAACGGCGCUAUCAACAAGCUCCUCCCGCCUGCUGGCAACGAGGUGGGCUUCGGCCGGCCCAACUCUGGCCCGCUGUCGUGGGUGCGGGUAGCCAAGCCAGACCUGUUCAACGGUAACUUUAUCAAAGUUCACGGAGUGGAUAACCUUAUCAGGCCGUCUGCUUAA